AUGAAGACCAUUCUUUUUAUUCUCAAUCUGGCAGCGCUAGCCACAUCAUCACCAUUUGUCAUUCGCCAGAACAUUAUCACCAACAGCAGCGCCAACAGCUUCGCAGGCGUUGCUGUGACCAAAAAUGUCCAGUGGGUGCCAUGCUAUGGAGGAAACUUCACCUGCCUCAAUCUCGAGGUUCCUCUCGACUACGACGACCCUGCCCUCGGAAGCACGAACAUAGCCUUUGUUAGGCAUGAGGCACCUGCCCAACCUGCUGUCGGCGACAUGAUUCUCAACCCCGGCGGUCCUGGAGGAAGCGGAGUAGGUAUGGUCCUAGGCUAUAAGCGCUGGAGACCGCUGCUCGGACAGAAGUACAAUCUUAUCGGCAUGGAUCCACGGGGUGUGAACAAUAGCGGUCCAAACGUGGAUCCCCUGAUUAAUACCCCAGCUUUGCGUAACGAGUACGCCACUGAGAUAGGCUUUGAAUAUGAUUCCAAGAGUCCUGCAGCUGUCAAGAAGACAUUCGCCCAUGCGGGUGCAUAUGGCGACUUUACUUCGCAGAAACUAUCGGAUGAUGUCAACUACGUCAAUACACCUGCCGUCGCUCGCGAUAUGUUGCACUUCACGGAACUUGCAGCUGAGAGCCGAGGAGAGAGCAAAGACAAGGCGACACUCAAUUUCUUCGGCGUUUCCUACGGCUCGAUACUCGGCACUACGUUUGCCCAGCUCUUCCCAGACCGCGUUGGUCGGAUGAUCAUCGAUGGUGUCAUGGACCCUUCCGACUACUACAAUGGUGCAUGGACUAAGAGCAUUACUCAAGGUGACGAUGCAGUAAGCGCAUUCGCCUCACAAUGCUUCGACGCAGGCAGCAAAUGUGGUUUCUUCGCCAAUGACUCCAAUCCGGAAGCUAUCUUGCAGCGCCUCGACACUAUUCUCCAAGAUCUCGAAACGAAUCCAAUCGGCGUGUCUGACCCUUACUUGUUCGACUUCCCAGCCGUGGUCAGCCACAUGGAUCUGCACACUUUAAUCAUGAGUUCCACCUACGGCUCGUACGACCGCUUCCCGCUUCUGGCCUAUACGCUCGCAAAGCUCGAACAGAGAAAUGGCACUAUCCUUGCGCUUGCCUUAUCAAAGGGCUUUGAUUUCCCUGGAGAUACAACAUGCGACGCACUGACUCCCGCGUACACGUUAGCAUUGACCAAGUACAUUACGGCCUGUAACGACAUGGAUGGCCGCUACAACAUCUCGUCUGCGGAGAAGUAUCAGGAGUAUAUUGAUAAGAUGCAGGGCGUAUCGAAGUAUCUUGGUCCGCCGUGGGCCAGGGUUAUGACUCUUUACUGCCGCAAGCUGAGAUUCAGUCCUCCAAAGUCUCAGAAGUUUUCCGCAUACAAAGAAGUGAAGACCAGUAGCCCUAUCCUUUUCGUCAGUAACACGAUAGAUCCUGUUACGUCUAGCUUGAAGGAUAUGAUUAAGUUUUUUCCUGGAUCGGGCUCGUUCUACCAGAAUGCUGUGGGUCAUGGUGUUGUUGUCACUGAAUCUGCUUGUACAGUCGAGCAUAUAAUCAGAUAUGCGGAGACGGGUGAGCUUCCACAUCGGGACUUGGUGUGUCAGCCCAAUGGGAAGGUUUUUGAUAUUCCUCUGGAGGCAACAAAAGUUAAAAGGUCGUCGAUGGGCAUUUUCUAG